AUGGUUAAGAAAGCGAUAGAUUCGAGAAUUUCUACACUAGUGAAAAAUGGUGUUCAGAAUAAGCACCGAACAUUCUUUGUCAUUGUUGGUGACAAAGGCAAAGACCAAGUGGUAAAUUUACACUGGUUACUUUCACAAGCUCAAAUUACCGCAAGACCUUCAGUUUUGUGGUGUUAUAAGAAAGAUUUGGGCUUUUCUAGGGAGGCAAAGAUAAAAAAGGAAAUUAAACGUGGAAUAAGAGAAGCUAAUACCGAAGAUCCAUUUGAGUUAUUUAUUGCCGUAACUAAUAUUCGAUAUACUUAUUAUAAAGAGACGCAUAAAAUUUUGGGUAAUACAUAUGGAAUGUGUGUAUUGCAGGACUUUGAGGCAUUGACUCCAAAUUUAUUAGCACGUACUAUCGAGACAGUAGAAGGCGGUGGUAUUGUCAUAUUAUUAUUAAAAACAAUGAAAUCAUUAAAGCAACUAUACACAUUAACUAUGGACGUACAUUCACGUUAUAGAACUGAAGCUUAUGAUGAUGUGACUGCACGAUUUAAUGAACGUUUCAUUCUUUCACUUGGAUCAUGCGAAAAUUGUUUGGUGGUUGAUGAUGAAUUAAAUGUUUUACCUAUUUCAGCUGGUAAAAAUGUUAAGCCAUUACCGUUAAAAAGCUCAGAAGAUUUAUUAACAGAAUCACAAAUUGAAUUGAAAGAGUUGAAAAUUUCUUUAGCAGACACGCAGCCUGUUGGUUCUUUAAUUUUAACUGCAAAAACAUUGGAUCAAGCCAAAGCUAUUCUCACAUUUAUUGAAGCAAUUAGCGAAAAAACUUUGCGAAAUACAGUUACUCUUACUGCUUCUCGUGGACGUGGUAAAUCUGCAGCUCUUGGAAUUGCGAUCGCUUCUGCUGUUGCUUAUGGUUAUUCAAAUAUAUUUGUAACAUCCCCCAGUCCUGAAAAUUUGAAAACUUUAUUUGAAUUUAUUUUUAAGGGAUUUGAUGCUUUACGAUAUGAAGAGCAUUUAGAUUAUGAUAUAAUUCAAUCAACCAAUCCCGAUUUUAACAAGGCAAUUGUUAGGGUAAAUAUUUUCAGGCAACAUCGGCAGACUAUUCAAUAUAUUCAGCCACAGGAUGCACAUGUUCUUGGGCAGGCCGAAUUAGUAGUGAUUGAUGAAGCGGCUGCUAUUCCUCUUACUUAUGUAAAAAAUCUAAUCGGACCAUACUUGGUAUUUAUGGCCUCAACUAUCAAUGGAUAUGAGGGAACUGGAAGAUCUCUUUCCCUUAAACUUAUUCAACAACUUCGUGAACAAUCUAAAGGUUUCAUUGGAAAAGAAAGACGAACUGGUGGUUCUGAUGAAAUUGCUAUUGUUGGUCGUGAUGGAAAAGCUAAAAAUGAAGAAUCAUUCACCUUGAAUGGUGCAACAGCUGGUGGUCGCAUACUUCGAGAAAUUAAACUAGAAGAACCAAUUAGAUACGCUUUAAAUGACUCCGUUGAGAAGUGGCUGAAUAAACUUUUAUGUUUAGACGCGUCUAUUAUUUCCAAAAACAUUCAAGGCUGUCCACAUCCACAAAAAUGUGAAUUAUAUUAUGUAAAUCGGGACACUUUAUUUUCUUUUCAUCCUGUAUCAGAAACUUUUCUACAAAGAAUGAUGGCAUUAUAUGUUGCAAGUCAUUAUAAAAAUUCACCUAAUGACUUACAGUUAAUGUCUGAUGCUCCAGCCCAUCAUUUAUUUGUCUUAUUACCACCUAUAACAGAAGGAGAUAAUUCAUUACCUGACCCUCUAUGCGUUGUACAAGUAUGUUUGGAAGGUGAAAUAUCCAAAAGAGCCGUUUUAAAUAGCUUAAGUAGAGGCCAGCGAGCCAGUGGAGAUUUGAUUCCUUGGUUAAUUUCACAACAGUUCCAGGAUGACGAUUUCGCGAAUUUAUCUGGAGCUCGCAUAGUUAGAAUUGCAACGCAUCCCGACUAUAUUAAGAUGGGUUAUGGAUCUCGUAGCUUGGAAAUGCUUAGCUCGUUUUAUCAAGGUGAAUUUACCGUUUUUAAUGAAAAUGAGGAUUAUCAGCAAGAGAGUAUAGUAAGAGUUGACGACGCCGAACUAGAAAACGCCAGUCUUCGUAAUGAUGAAAUUAAAAUUCGGGAUCCUCGCAAAAUGCCACCUUUACUUUUGAAACUUUCUGAGAAACGUCCAGUAAGAUUACAUUAUUUAGGUGUUUCAUAUGGGUUGACGCCAUUAUUGCACAAAUUUUGGAAACGUGCAGGAUUUGUCCCUCUUUACCUUCGACAAACUCCUAACGAUUUAACAGGAGAACACACAUGUGUAAUGCUCAGGGCUUUGAAAUCUGAUGAUCUUAUUACUACAUGUGACCCCAAAUGGUUGGCCGCAUUUUCAAAAGAUUUUCACAAAAGGUUUUUGAAUUUGUUGUCAUAUCAAUUUCGUAGCUUUCCAAGUGUGUUAUCACUUAGCAUUAUGGAAGCAGCUGAUGCCGGAAAUGAGAAUGCAGAAGAUGAAAUUCAAUCAUUUAGAAAAUCCGCACUUGAAUCGAAUUUUUCAGUUUAUGAUUUGAAACGACUUGAAUCAUACUCUAAUAAUAUGCUAGAUUAUCAUGCAAUUCUUGAUUUACUUCCAAUUAUUGCAUAUUUACAUUUUAGCAAGAAAUUAGGAGAUCAUGUAAAAUUAUCUGGCGUUCAAAGUUCAAUAUUGUUGGGUAUCGGAUUACAAAGAAAAAGUGUUGAUGAUUUAGAGAGAGAAUUAACAUUGCCUUCAAGUCAAAUCCUUGCUUUAUUCAUCAAAUUAGUUCGUAAAUUUUCAACAUAUUUCCGAUCAUUAGAAACAGAAGCGAUGCAAAAAGAAAUUCCAGAUGAAACGAUGGUUAUAAAAAGAAAAGGUGUUACAGAAAACAUUUCUAAGCAACAAACUACUGAUAACAAUAAAGAAUCAACAUCAAGCCUUAAAGAAAAUAAUGAGGCAUUAUGGGAUCCAGUAUCUAGGACUCUAGAUGAAGAUUUAAAUGAAGCUGGAAAAGAAGUGAUGAGUCAAAUGAUUGAAAAACAGAAAGAACUGAUUAAUUCAUUAGAUUUAUCAAAGUAUGCAAUAAGUGGUACAUCAGAAAGUUGGGAAAAAGCACAAUCAAAAAUUGCUUCAGGUAAGCAAAAUAUCUCAACAAUUGUUAGUAUAAAAAAUUUGGAAUCAGCAAAAAAACGUAAAAAAACGGAAGCUGCUGUAGAUAUAGUAGCUAAUGAAUUUAAGAAGUUAA